AUGUCGACAAGCAUUAACUUGGGUUUAACUAGGAUUUAUUCUCUUCUUGAUUUGCUUGAUAAACCUUAUCAAAGACUCUCAGUAGUUCAUAUAGCUGGUACGAAUGGUAAAGGAUCUAUUUCAGCAUAUAUAGACCAAAUAAUUAUGAAAUCAGGUUUCAAAACUGCGAGAUUUAAUUCUCCUCAUCUAAUUGAACCUUAUGAUUCUAUAAGGAUAAAUGGACAACCGAUUCAAAAAAAUGAUUAUGAUAAAACUUAUAAUUUUAUUAAUGCCGUUAAUUCCAAUAACAAUAUUGGUGCAAGCCUUUUUGAAUUAUUAACUGCUACGGCAAUUUGGUGGUUUGAUUUUCAAAAAGUUGAUUUGGCUAUCAUUGAAGUUGGACUGGGUGGUAGAUUAGAUGCUACAAACGUUUUUGAAUCGCCUAAUCUUAGUAUUAUUACCUCCAUAGGAAUGGAUCACAUGAAUUUCUUGGGUAAUAAUAUUGAAGCAAUAUCAAAGGAAAAAGCUGGUAUUAUGAAAACUGGUUGCAAAGUUGUGAUCGCACCUCAAAUUGAACAAGUGGCAGAGAAUACAUUAAAGAAAUAUUCUGAAGAUAUUGGAUGCUCACAUGUAGUUUUUGUUAAACCUGCAACAUGGAAAUCGGAAAUGGUUGGACUAGCAUCAAUGGAACUAUUGAAUAAAACAUAUUUUGAAUUGUUUAUUCCGCUUAAAGGUGAUUUUCAACUUGAAAAUGCUGCUACAGCAGUUUUGGCAAUUGAUCUUUUGAGAAAGACAGAAUCUAAGUUUUCUACAAUAACAAAUGACCAUAUUAAGAAUGGAAUAGCUUGCACACAGUGGCCAGGAAGGUUACAAUGGGUUGAUAUUUCUAAUAUCAUAAAAUCAUCAAAAACACUUCAAGUAUUGGUUGACGGUGCACAUAAUCCACCUGCAGCAAAAGCCCUUAGAACUUAUGUUGAUAAGCAAUUACAAUUACAGAAUAAAGAAGUUACAAAGACUUGUAAAGUUUGUUGGAUAUUUGCUGCCACAGAAGGAAAAGAUAUUUCGAAAAUACUUGAAUUAUUAAUGAGAAAUGGUGAUUCAUUGUUUGCUGUGAGUUUUACGAAUGUCGAGGGCAUGCCUUGGGUUAAAAGUUAUGAUCCACAAGUUAUUUUGGACUGUGUAAAUUCAUUUGAACAAAAGGUUAAUUCAAAAGCUGUAGAAAACCUAGGUGAGGCGCUCAGUCAAGCAUUUGCAGGUUACGAAAAACAAUAUCAAAUAGUUGUUUUAUGUGGAA